AUGAACAUUAAAGUUAACACCCAGUCUCUCUCUCUCUCUCUCUCUCUCUCUCUCUCUGUCUAUUUUACUUCAUUUCUAUAUUUCCUGUCUCCCUCUCUCCCCCCCUCCCUCUCUAUCUAUCAAGCUCUUUUUAUCUCUCUCCUUCUCUCCUUCUCUGCAUCUAUCUAUCUAUCUAUCUAUCUAUGUCCCCACUCUCUAACUCUCUAUAUCUAUCUAUCUAUCCUCUUUGUCAUUUCAUAUCUAUCUAUCUAUCUAUUUCAUCAGUUUCUAUCUAUCUAUAUCUAUCUAUCUAUCUAUCUAUCUAUCUCAGUUUUGUCCUUUCUAUCUACCAUAUACUGUUAUAUCUAUCUAUCUAUCUAUCUAUCUAUCUAUUACAAUUUGUUUCUUUCUUCUAUCUAUCUAUCUAUUUCAGUUUUGUCAUUUCUCUCUCACCAUGUACUGUUAUAUCUAUCUAUCUAUCUAUCUAUGUCCCCACUCUCUAACUCUCUAUAUCUAUCUAUCUAUCCUCUUUGUCAUUUCAUAUCUAUCUAUCUAUCUAUCUAUCUAUCUAUCUAUUUCAGUUUUGUCCUUUCUAUCUACCAUAUACUGUUAUAUCUAUCUAUCUAUCUAUCUAUCUAUCUAUCUAUCUAUCUAUCUAUCUAUCCCAAUCUGUUUCUUUCUUUCUUUCUAUCUAUCUAUCUAUCUAUCUAUCUAUCUAUCCCAAUCUGUUUCUAUCUAUCUAUCUAUCUAUCCCAAUCUGUUUCUUUCUUUCUAUCUAUCUAUCUUUCUUUCUAUCUAUCUAUCUAUCUAUCUAUUUCAGUUUUGUCAUUUCUCUCUACCAUAUACUGUUAUAUCUAUCUAUCUAUCUAUCUAUCUAUUUCAAUGUAUCUAUUUUUGAUUAUCUGUUUUUCUUUCUUCCCUACUUACAUUCACCCUCUUCCACCUGUCUAA